CCGUACUUCGUACCCGACCCGAUAAAACAUUUGACAAAAAAAUAACCAGAUUUUCUAGUUGUAAUCCAAAACCCUAAAAUCACAAAAUCAAACUAUACAAAUCCUUCGAAAUUUUGAGAGCUAGUCUACAAUGUCAAGGUUUGCAAAAAACUUCGUAAACAUUGACGUCAGUGAUGAUGACGAUGAAGUUGUGCCAGAAGUUCAAAACGACGACCGGCGAUUGGAGAAUCGUAGUUUUUGGAAAGCCGGAGCUUUUGACAUCGGCCCAACUAAAUGGACUCCUAAUCAAGCUGAAUGUGUUUGCAGGUGAAUUGGAACAUGCUCGAGUGCACCCGAAAUUUCUUCACUCCAAUGCAACUUCACAUAAAUGGGCUUUUGGAGCAAUUGCGGAGCUUUUGGAUAAUGCUGUCGAUGAGAUCAAUAACGGAGCAACUUUUGUGAAGCUCGAUAGGAUUUUCAGCAAAAGGGACAAUACUCCUGCUUUACUUGUUAUUGACGAUGGAGGUGGAAUGGAUCCAGAUGGCAUUCGGAAGUGCAUGAGCUUGGGAUACUCAACAAAGAAGACAAACAACACAAUUGGUCAAUACGGUAACGGUUUUAAGACAAGUACCAUGCGGUUAGGAGCUGACGUGAUUGUUUUCAGCCGUGCAUAUCGGAAUGGCCGAGCGACGCAAAGUGUUGGUCUCUUGUCGUAUACGUUUCUACGCAGAACCGGUCAAGAUGACGUGAUUGUCCCAAUGAUUGAUUUUGAUAUCUCAAAGCAUUGGCCAGAGCCUAUACUAUAUGGCACUCAGGAUGAUUGGUCUACUAACUUAAAGACAAUUCUUGAAUGGUCCCCAUUUGAUUCACAAGAUGACUUAUUUCAACAGUUUGAAGAUAUUGGGUCACAUGGGACAAAGUUAAUCAUAUUCAACUUAUGGCUCAAUGAUGAAGGCGUCUAUGAAUUGAACUUUGAUGAAGAUGAGGAGGAUAUAAAAUUGAGAGACGAAGCUGCUCGUUUGUCUAAAUUGAGUAAGAGAGCAGCGGAUACACAAGCACAUAUUUCCCACCGUCUUCUUCAUUCAUUAAGGGCAUAUGCAUCGAUGUUGUACCUCAGAAAGUUUAAAAACUUUACAAUAUUCUUACGAGGGAAACCUGUAGAGCAGUUCAGCAUGGUUGAUGAUCUGAAACACAAAGAAGUAGUCAUCUACAGGCCACAGGUUUCUUCAGUGAAAGAGGCUGUUGCCGAGACAACUCUUGGAUUUAUCAAAGAAGCACCGGCUCUUGGAAUCACUGGAUUUAACGUAUACCAUAAAAACCGUCUUAUUCGGCCCUUCUGGAAAGUAACUGCUGAGGGACAUUCCAAAGGAUAUGGAAUAGUUGGUGUUCUUGAAGCCAAUUUUAUAGAACCAGCACACGACAAGCAGGAUUUUGAAAGGUCAUCUGUGUUUUCAAGGCUGGAAUUGAAACUAAAACAGAUGCAAAUGGACUACUGGAAACGGCACUGUCACUUAGUUGGGCACCAAAUGGAUCCAACUUACAUGCGCAAACUACAAAAGACUUCAGAUGUGCCGCAUCAAACAGAAGAUGAACAGUUUGAUCGAUCUUUUUCUGGUCCUGCUCCUAACCCAAACCUUGAUUUGAGUAGUUCGCAGAUGGGGACUCGUAGCAGAACUGCUUACAGCAAUGAGGCACCCAUAGUUCGGGCACCUCCAGGAUUUGGAACUGGUACUAAUCAAGAAGUGGCAUGUGGAGAUGAUUCAAGGCCUAUUGAUCAAAUAUGUGAUGAGAACAUCGAACUAUUCAUGAGGUGUGAAAGAUAUGUGCAAAGGGAGAAUGAGUUGAAAUAUACGGUGGAGGAUUUAGAGAAACAGGUUGCAGAAACCAAAAGAAAAUGUGCUGAACUUUCUUCACGUCUCGAGCUUCUAAGGAGGCAAAAACUUGUAAGAUGAGAAACAUUGACAUGCAAGUGCUUUCUCAUCUUCUUUUCUACUUGAGCUCAUACCGUAGGGUACUUUUGGGUCUUUUGUAAUUUGGUUAGUUAGCUUCUGGGUAUGUUGCUGGAUUUGGUUGUCGGUGUACAUAAAUGGCUCUUUGAUCCUAACUCUUUCACAAAUGUAUGUUCCUUUAACAUCCA